CUCUUGCUGCUUGGCAUGGGUCAGAGGACUACCCUGCUGCUGACCCCAUACAUCUCCCUGGGCAGGUGGAUAAAGUUCGAGGAGAAGGUGGAGGAUGGUGGGGAGCGCUGGAGUGUACCCCAUGUCCCAGCCCUCCCCCUGCACAGCCUCUUCCAACUGAGGACAUGCCUGCAAGAGGGGAUGAUGCUCCUGGACCUGGAUGCCACCAGUUUCAAGGAAAUAAUUGACAAGAUGCUUUCCGGGCAGCCUGAGGAAGCAGAGCUGCAGCCCACACUGAGGGAGCGCCUGGCAGCCCUCCUGCUCCUCCAGCCACGGCACCAGCCCACAAAAUCCCUGCUGCAGCUUCUUGCUGAGCUCAGCCUCUCCCCCUGCCGAGGGAAGGCCAAAGGCAGGUCAGAGUCUGGAGCCCAGCUCUCCAAAACACCUCUUAGGGAGCAGCUGACAAACCGAUUUAGGAAGAAGGUCCCUCGGGGGGCCGAAGCAGCCCACGUUGCUGUCGGUGAAGUUGAAUUCCUGGAGCAGCCCUUCACUGCCUUCAUUCGCCUCAGGCGUGGGGUGUCCCUCGGCUCACUGGCUGAAGUUGCUCUACCCAGCAGGUUCCUCUUCAUCCUGCUGGGUCCCCCCAAAGUGAAAGCCUACCACGAGGUUGGCAGAGCCAUGGCCACGCUGCUGACAGAUGAGCUCUUCCAAAGGAUUGCCCGGCAGGCUGAGCACCGAGAGGACCUCAUCACCGGGAUGGAGGAGUUCCUGGAUGAGCUGAUUGUGCUUCCUCCUGGGAAAUGGGACCCCAGUGCACGCAUUCCUCCACUGAGCUGUCUGCCAUCUCAGCACAGGAGGACUGCUGUGGACCUGCCAGACCAGCAGCCCCAUGGCAAUGGGGACAUGGCAGCCGCUGGGAACAGAGCAAGCCCAGGGCACCUGCGCUCUGGGGAGGAGCUGGAGAGGACGGGCAGGCUUUUUGGGGGGCUGCUGAGAGACAUCCGGAGGAAGGCACCGUGGUAUGGCAGUGACUUCUCUGAUGCCCUGCACCCCCAGUGCCUCUCAGCAGUGCUCUACAUCUACCUGGCGACGGUCACCAAUGCCAUCACCUUCGGGGGCAUGCUGGGGGAUGCAACCAGCAACAUGCAGGGGGUGCUGGAGAGCUUCCUGGGCACAGCCUUUGCUGGCUUUGUCUUCUGCCUCUUUUCGGGUCAGCCCCUGACCAUCCUGAGCAGCACUGGCCCCGUGCUGGUCUUCGAGCGCCUCCUCUUCUCCUUCAGCCAGGACCACAGCCUGGACUACCUGGAGUUUCGCCUCUGGAUUGGGCUCUGGGUGGCCUUCUUUGGUGUGGUGCUGGUGGCCACUGAGGCCAGUCACCUGGUGCGGUACUUCACCCGCUUCACCGAGGAAGGCUUCUGCGCUCUCAUCAGCCUGAUAUUCAUCUACGACUCCCUGAAGAAGAUGCUGAGCCUGGCAGAUGCCUUCCCCAUCAACUGGCAGUACCGGCUGGACAACGUCACCUCCUACAGCUGCACCUGCAAUUUGUCCAGCCCUGGUGAGCCCAAGCAGCUCUCUGCAGGGAAUGACACAUCACUGCCCUUGUCCCUGCCUCCUGUCACCCCGGUGGGGUUGAGCAGGACUCAGUGCCUGGAUCGUGGUGGGCACCUUCUGGGGACCAGCUACCAGUAUGUGCCUGAUGUCACUCUCCUCUCCUUCCUGCUUUUCUGGGGCACUUUCCUCUCCUGUACUGCACUCAAGCACUUCAGGAGCAGCUGCUACUUCCCUGCAGGGGUGCGGAAGGUGGUGAGUGACUUCGCCGUCAUCCUGGCCAUCCUCGUCUCUUGCGCCAUUGAUGCUGCCCUAGGCCUGGAGACCCCCAAGCUCCUUGUCCCCAGUGAGCUGAAGCCCACAAACCCAGCACGGGGCUGGAUCAUUUUCCCCUUUGGAGCCAACCCAUGGUGGUUCUGCCUGGUGUCUGCAGUGCCUGCUGUUCUCGUCACCAUCCUCAUUUUCAUGGACCAGCAGAUCACAGCUGUCAUCCUUAACCGCAGGGAGUACAAGCUGCAGAAAGGAGCAGGCUUCCACCUGGACCUCCUCUGUGUCUCCCUCCUGAUGGUUGUCACCUCUGUCACUGGCCUCCCCUGGUACGUCUCAGCCACUGUCAUCUCCCUGGCACACAUGGAGAGUCUGAGGAAGGAGAGUUCAACCUCAGCCCCUGGCGAGCACCCUGAGUUCCUGGGCAUCAGGGAGCAGAGGCUGACAGGCCUGGCUGUCUUCGUCCUGAUGGGAGUCUCUGUCUUCAUGGCCCCUGUGCUCAAGCACAUCCCGAUGCCAGUGCUGUAUGGAGUAUUCUUGCACAUGGGGGUGGCAGCACUGAACAGCAUCCAGCUCAUGGACCGUGUGAGGCUGCUCCUGAUGCCAGCCAAGCACCAGCCAGACCUCUCCUACCUCCGCCACGUGCCCCUGCGCCGGGUGCACCUCUACACCAUCAUCCAGCUGCUCUGCCUGGCCCUGCUCUGGGUCCUCAAGUCCACCAUGGCUGCUAUUGUUUUCCCAGUGAUG